AUGAGAAGUAUAAAACAUGAUGGAUUUAAUUUUAUUGUGCAUGCCAAAGAUCACUUUACAAAAUUCAGCUGGUUAUUUGCAUUACCAUCAAAAGAAGCCCAUCAUGUUGCACUUCAUUUAAGAAAUCUUUUUUUAUACAUUUGGUCCUCCGAAAAUUCUGCAAAGGCAAACAUUAUUUUGAAUCUCAAGUUGAAUUGGCCUGAUCUAAUUAUCAUUAAUGGUCGUCCAAGACAUCCACAAAGACAAGGAUUGGUCGAAAGAGUCAAUGCUGUAGUUCAAAAAAUGUUAGGAAAAUGGCUUGAAACAAAUAAAUCACUUGAUUGGCCACAGGGAUUCGUACAAAAACAAACACCUUAUGAAAUGGUUUUUGGUCAAUCUGUACGAAAUGAUCAUGAUUUCUGGUUACAACUUCAUCAACAGUCCAUUAAUAAAACAAUCGUUGACGAAGAAGAGUUACCUGAAUCACUUGCCGAUAAUUUAAAUUUAAAUGAUCAUUCAUUAAUUGAUAAUAAUUCUGAAUAUGCUGAUGCUUGUUCACCAAUUCCAAUAUUAUCAACGAAUACAUACGUGCUUCAAAAUGAUAAUAAUGAUACUCAAACAUCACACAAACGAAUUCGUGAAGAAGCUGAAAAAAAUUAUAUUCGUACUACAGAAGGGGAUGCUGAUAUUUCCGAAGGGGCGGCAGAUAGUUCAAUAAACACGACAAUGAUGUCCUGA